GAUUCGCAAUAUCUACGAUAUUCAAUAUAUUGGAAGAAAUUUCAUCAACGAUAUAUCACGAUAUAUGUGACUGAAAAAGAAAAAUAAGGAAUAAGGAAAUAAUAAGGAAAUCUUAUGCAUUUAUUACUGCCAACAUUUCCAACAUUGUGCAAAGAAAUAUGCAUUUGCAUAAUUCACUGCCUCCUGGUCUUAAAUGUAAACACUGUACAGCUAGACAGAUAAAAGUGCAUUGUAAAGUGCUUUAUGAUAACCUGGACAGUGGACAAAUUAUUGCCCUCAUUAUCACCUGAGAGUAGUUCACCGUGAUAGCGAACGAGGUGCACUUGCAGAUUCGUAGUGUUGCUGUUUUAUAUUUUAUCUUUGCAAAGCAGUUCUUGCAGAAUUCAUAGUCUUUAUCCAGUGCCUUUCCGUCGACUGUCUCGUAAAACCCGAAGUGUCUCCACACUUUAGAGUGGAAACUAGCGGGUGGGUCUUUGAUUUGUUUUUUUAUUAUUUUCCGCCAUUCUCUGCGCUUCUUCUCUGUUGUUGUUAGUUAACUUGUGUUCUUCACCGGCCGCUGUUUGCGCCACUUUACCCCUAUUUACUCGAACAGCGCCCCCCCCAAACAGAAUGGUAGAUAUUGGGUAGUGACAGUGACACUGACAAUGGGUAAAUUAAUCAUUUUGUGUUGUAAUAAAAUAUCGAUAUUGGCCGUUAGUGUAUCGAUUAUUUAUUGCGACAGAGAGCACAACAAUAUAUUGCAAUAUCGAUUUUUUUUCACACCCCUAAAAGAGAUGGUCUUGUAAAUUAUGUGACCUAUACCCGACCUAUACCCACCCUGACAUGGCCCUGCUUACUAACAGGGCCGAAAGUAUAACAAAACGGAGCUGGUUGCGUCACUUCCAUCUGAUUGGUCGAAAUACAUGAAGAUAUUGGUGUUCUGCAUCAAUAUGCAUGGAUUAUGUGAAGGGGAAAAAAGGGCUUAUUCUAAUUUCAUUAUUAGUAGUAUCGCACAUCCCAAUGUAUUGAUGCAUUUCCGGUUUACUUGUAUAUUUCCAACCUGCUUAGACAGUAUUAUAGAACGGCUGAAUGGAAUGAGUUGGUGACGUAUAUUUACGCUAAGUCUGCUAACAUUUGAUGCGAACAUAAAACAAAGAUUCUCACAGACAUGCUGGCAGAAAUGAGCACAUUAGUGUCUUUUCAUGGUACAGCCUGGUUUCUGUAUUCUAUCAGAAAGGUGCCGUAAGAGAUACAGUUGUGUUCUUUGUUAUAUAUGGGCUUGAGGAUGGUGUUUUUGAGAGGAACCCAAAGGUAAAAUCUAUUGCCUACUGGCAAGCCUCUUGAUUUGCUUACGUUCCUGUUAAAUAACAUUUUCAUUACUUGCAUGCAUGUUUUAAAAUUUUAGUAGAUCUAUCCAAAGCCACAUACAUACAGUCAGUGUCUCUGGAGCAAUUAGGGUUAAGGACCUUGCUCAAGGGCCCAAUAGGGGCCAACAGCGAUCGCUAACCAGUUGAGCUGAGCAGUUGUAACAUUAAUAAGAUUUGAGGGGUGAGUCUUUGUAUAGGGGUACACAUUCAUGCGUUCAUAUUAAAGUGUGUGUGUGUGUGUGCAUGGCUGAGCAGAUAUUUUGGAGUCUCUGGAUCUGACGAAAGACCUGGAUGAGAACAAGGAGAACCAGACUCCGGACGGGCUACAGGGCGAGCUCGACUGGGCACAGCAGUACAACCUCGACCAGGAGCGGGAAGAACAGGAGCUGCAGCAAGCGCUGGCCCAGAGUCUGCAGGAGCACGAGGCUCGUGAAAUGAAGGAGGAUGACGAUCUGAAGAGAGCCACCGAGCUCAGCCUGCAAGAAUUCAACAACUCUUUACCUGAGCUCUUGUGCUCCGACGAGGACUCUGGGAACGAGGAUGUCUUUGAUAUGGAGUAUAGUGAAGCUGAAGCAGAAGACUUGAAGAGAAAUGCAGAGAAUGGAGAGCUGGCCAACUCAUUCAGACUCAUCAGUGUGGUCAGUCACAUUGGCAGCAGCUCAUCAUCUGGGCAUUACAUCAGCGACGUCUACGACAUAAAGAAGCAGACAUGGCUGACGUACAAUGACCUUGAUGUGUCGCGCACGCAGGAGUCCAUGGUACAGAGAGACAGGGACAGGAGCGGCUACAUCUUUUUCUACAUGCACAAGGACGUGUUUGAGGAGCUGUCAGAGUUGGAGAAGAGCGGGGCAGUUGUCGAGGCUGGGAGGACCGUCCUGCAGCCCCUCUGAGGGAGCGGCUGCUGGACUCGACAUGCACCCUUCCACACCCAGGCGGGGGGAUAGGCCCCUGCCAUGAACGGAUGUGUAGAGUUCGGGGUAACGGUGAAACGUCCUUCUAAUACUACUGAUCACCAACCCCUUUGCCUCCCUCCAAGCACUUUCUGCCUCCUAAAUAAAAUGUUAUGCCUGCUUGCAUUACUGUAGCAGGUCGUUCUGUGGGACUCUCAAUCUUUUUUUUUUUCCUUUUCCUUCAGACCCCUAAGCACUCUGCCACAUAACAAAAUGUGGAUUUUUAUUUUUAAUAGAAAUGUAACAUUUGCUUGAAUUUAAUGAGCCAAACCUUUCCCCUCUGAAAUAUAUUAAAUUUAGUUCCUCUAAAAUGCAAUGCAAUAAAACGGACUGCCUUGACCUGCAGUGGACAAUCUGUCCAUUAGCACUUCCCUGUCAAUUUCACUAUUCUUGUGAAAGCUUUUCCCCCCUGUAUACAUUAAAGAGCGGGGGCAUUUUGAAGUUCUGUUGUUAUGAUUAUAUGCAGCCCGAAGAGGUGCAAUAUUUAUGGAGUAAUUUGCCACUUGGCUUUUAUUUGUUUUACGUUUGUCAAUUCGAGUUGGGUAUGGGCAGGAUUCAGUAAUUCCUAAGGUCUUUGUGUGGCAUUCUUUUUUUGUUUUUGUUUCUUACUGUUUUAUUCAUGUCUCUAAACCUUUUUGAAGAUGACUGAUGAGGUAGCUUUUCUGCAUACCCCUAGGGGUCGAUUAUUUCCUCAUUCCC